AUGCAGAUUAAUGUAGAUGAUAAUGCUGAUGGUAAUGUAGAUGAGGGUGAUGAUGUAGAUGAUACUAAUGUAGAUGAGGGUUUAAAUGAAAAUGAGGGUGCUAAUGUAGAUGAGGGUGCUAAUGUAGAUGAGGGUGAUGAUGUAGAUGAUACUAAUGUAGAUGAGGGUUUAAAUGAAAAUGAGGGUGAUAAUGUUGAUGAGGGUGCCAGUGAGAGUGAUAGUGACUAUCUUGUUGAUAAGGAUAAUAACAUGGAUGGUCCAAAGGUGGAUAUGCAGGAUUAUAAGAUGAAUAUUGAUUUGAGUGUUAAAGACUUCAAAGUAGUUGAUAAGUAUGAAUUUGAAGAGGAUGUGUUGGACAAUGAGGCAUUUGACAGUGGUUCAAAAUCAGAUGAUGAGGGUAAUAGUAUCAGGAGACAUAGUUUAAGGUUUUUAAGGAAACAAAAUGUGAACAACAACACUUUCUUUCUAGGUCAGAUAUUUGGCACCAAACAAGAAGCAAAGGAAAGAAUAAAAAAAUAUGCUGUUGAAACCAGGAGACUUAUUAAGAUUGUUAAAGAUGAUAAGAAAAGAGUUAGGGCAAUUUGUCAAGGAGAAAUGCCAAAGUUUGAGGUUAAGGAAGAUGGUACACAGGUUUUGAAAGAUGAGGGACCAGUUGUGGAAAAGAGCCAAAAUGAAAAAGUAAAUGUUGGUGGUAGGGGGAAAAAGACAAAUCCUCACCAAUAUCUUUGUCCAUGGGUCCUUUUAGUCUCAAAAGAUGGAGAUCAGGAAUCUUGGAUUGUCAAGACUUUGAAUACAGUUCACAAGUGUGUUAACUGCAGAGAUUUGUAUGCUUGCACUUCAACAUUCCUUUGUCUUCAAAUGUUGGAGCAGAUUGAAGAAAAUCCAGGAAUACCAGUCCAGGCUGUACGGGAGCAGUUUCAGAGGAAAUUUGAAUUGAAUAUCUCUAAGAUGAAAGCCUACAUAGCCAAAAUAAAGGCAAAGAGACAGGUUCAAGGGGAUUACAAGACACAAUAUACUUUGUUGAGGUCAUAUGUGGAAGAACUAUGCAACACAAACCCCGGGUCAACUGUUCAUAUUGAGGUUGAACCUGGGAGAAAUCCUGAUGACACCACAAGAGUCUUUAAAAGGAUAUAUGUAUGCUUGGGUGGUUUGAAACAGGGGUUUAAGGCCAUAGGGAGGCAUAUGUUAGGGCUGGAUGGAGCUUUCAUGAAAGGUCAAUAUCCGGGUCAGGUGUUAUCUGCUGUUGGUGCUGACCCAAACAACAACAUAUAUCCUGUUGCUUAUGCAAUAGUGGAGGCUGAGAAUCUUAGCUCAUGGACCUGGUUUCUUCAAUGUUUGGGUGAUGAUUUGGAUCUGGGCAGCAACUCACACUUCACAUUCAUUAGUGAUAGACAAAAGGGUCUUAUGGCUGCCAUACAGAAACUGUUCCCAUUGGCUGAACACAGGUUUUGUUUAAAACAUAUUCAUGAGAAUAUGAAGCUGUCAUAUAAGGGUAAACUUUACAAGGAUAAGCUUUGGAAAGCAGCUAAGUGUACAACUAUUGUUCAGUUUGAAGAGGCCAUGGAGGAGUUGAAGGCAUUCAACAAAAAUGCUCAUGCCUGGUUGUCAAAAAUACCACCUCAACAUUGGACCCUAUCUCACUUUUCAGGAAGGGCUGUGUCUAACAUGCUGAUGAACAACACGUGUGAGUCUUUCAACAGCAAGAUCAUUGAUGCUAGGGAUAAGCCAAUAAUAUCAGCAUUGGAGUAUAUUAGGGAGUAUCUCAUGAGAAGAAUUGUCACCAUACUGAUGGUCCAACAAAGAACUGAAGGACUCCUAUCUCCCUAUGCACAACAGACAUUGGAGGAAAUAAAAAAAAGGCAACCAGGUAUUCUGUGCAGUGGAAUGGUGAUGAUCAGUAUCAGGGCAUGGGAGAUAUCGGGCAUACCUUGUAGACAUGCUGUGGCUACCAUAUGGUUUAUGGCAACCAAUGGUAGGCCUAAAAAAGCUAGGAGGAAGUCAGCUGUUGAAAUGGAGGAUAUGACAAAGGGUGGAAAGCUAUCGAAGAAAUAUGCAGUUCAGACUUGUGGAAAUUGCAAGGGGAAAGGCCACAACAAGAGGUCAUGUUCAAAAAAACCAAGUGAGGGUGGUGCCAAGGUCAAGACUGCAGUUGGUGGUGAUGCGAAAGGCAAACGGAAGCAGCAUAAUGAUGGUGGUAAAGGCAAGGCUGCAAAGAAAAGCAAGAAGGCUUAA